AGUCUCUUUCCGACCACGGCGACGUUAGUAUCUCAGUGACGUGCGGCGCGACUUCGAUAUUCCACAGCCCGCCCCCUUAUAUAGGAAAACACUGUACAGUUUUUUCGCGUUCGAAUUUCAUCCGCCAGUGUUCUUACCCCGAUUUCGGGAUCGCAAAUUUCCAGUGUCCGAUCAGAGUGUGAUUUCACCGGAGGCAAAAUAGCAAUAGUGGCCCCCAAAUGUCCUUUAAAUUGUUGCUACCCGUGUCGCGAUCGAAAGAGCCCUUUAAUGUUUAUGUUUCGACGUAGGAGAGCGAUCAAUUUGACUAAAAAAUUGUUAAGGGAACGUAGGGCUAAUUUAAAUGGCCCUCCGGCUGUCGGGGAUAGGGGCCCUCCACCGGGGCCCCGAGAUACCAAGGAGAGGGAUGUACAGGAACUCCUUAAAAAAUUACAGGAAAACCAACUCGAGAUGUUGCUGACAGCGGUCGAUAGCCGCGGUCUCGAGCUCGGCCAUUGCGUGCUAGUGCCGCGCGAGCACUCGCACGAGCCGCACCUGCUCUGCUGCCAGUUUUGGCGGUGGCCCGAGGUGCGACAGGCGAGCGAGCUGCGCAGGUUACCGCAAUGCGGCGCAGCCGGAGACAUGGUUUACGCUUGCUGCAACCCUUUCCAUUGGAGUCGUUUGUGUCAACCUGAAACUCCUCCACCCCCUUAUAGCCGAACUAAUGAAGAUAGGAUACGACCUGAAGAUCGUGCACCAAGUGAACUGCCAUUAUUAACUAGGAACUCUUAUGAAUCGUUAACUACAAGUGGCGAUUCGUCAAUGACAAAUCGUUUAGAAUGGUGCAAGUUGGCCUACUGGGAACUGCAAGAAAGAGUGGGGCCUCUCUUCCACGUGGAACCUUGUUACGUCAAUGUAUUCGGCAACGUACCCUAUGGACUCGACGGAUUUAGUCUCGAGGCCGUGGGACCGCAAAACACCAAGCAAACCGAAGCUAGUCGGAAGACCAGGGCUAAGAUAGGAUUAGGUAUUACUUUAUCCCGUGAACCCGACGGCUUCGUGUGGCUUUACAAUCGAUCCGAGCAAGCUGUAUUCGUCGACUCGCUGUACCUGGAUGGGGGCUGUGAAGAGGUCCCUGGGGGACCCACUCGGGUACCAGCGGAUCAUUGCUUGUGCGUGCACGCGCCCGGGGGUCCGCAAAUGUUCGGAUGGGAUCAGUUGGUUCCUAACGGCUGCCGGCAGGGUCCUUCUGGUGAUCCAAAUAGUAUAAGGGUCAGUUUCGUUAAAGGUUGGGGUACCCGUUAUUCCAGACGAGAAAUAACCUCAUGUCCCUGCUGGUUAGAAGUCCUGUUGGCGCCUUGCAGGUGAUUCGUGCAAAAAGUACUGUUAGGCGAGAAAAAAAAAACCACGCAUCCCAAGGAUUCGAGAGAGAAACUGAGACGAAAGGAUACACAAUACUGCGCUAAACUUUUUUAUAUUUAAAAAAUAGUGGAAAGUGAUAAAAAUAAAGACAGCAGAAGCGAAUAAUAUUAGAUGUUGUUAUUAGGAUUUGUAUGUGGCCUUAUUACGAAAGGAUUUUUUGAGUGAAUAGUAAAAUUUUCUGUAAAACAGCUAUUUUCUCAAGAAUCCUCAGUACUAAAUUCACUAAAGUUGUUAGAAGCCAGUGCACGAAGAUAAAAAGGCUGAAUUAUUAAAGUUAAGGAAAAGAGAAUGUUAAAAUCCGUCCCCCUUGUUUUUUUUUUUUGUAUUUUUGUACUGACUGUUCAAAUUUUGUUUUGUAAAAUGUCCAGGUCUCCUCGUUAAGACCAGGAUUAUUGUUACUCUUAUUUUUGGGGAGCAAUUUUUUAUUUAAAAAAAAAUUCUAUCCAAAAAAAAAAAUCCUAUGAUAAACACACAAAGUAUAUAAAUUUAGAGCCUCGUACUGAUUUGCCUAUUUAAAUAAAAAAUUAGAAGUUGCCUUAUGCUACAUCUACUCGAUAGUGAGAUGUAAUUUUAAGGUUUAUAUAGAAUCUAUAUAUUUCGGUGCUUUAAUAAAAAGACUUUGAAGUCUUUUUUGUAGAGGAAGGGACCAUAAUUUCCAUCUUUGUUUUUUUUGGGUUAAGUUUAUAAUUUGUUUUUCAUCACGAAUGAAAAAUUAACUGGCAAAACAUUUUCAUAAGCAUUUCUUUUAAUUAAAAAAAAACCCGUACUUAUUUUAGUUUCCUUAUGUAAAAAAUUAUUUUACUUAAAAGUAAAAACUAAGUUAAACUAGUCAUUCAUGGAACUUCUUUUUCCCAGGUGGAAAGAACGCUUUACAUUGUACGAUAGGUCCAUUUAAAAAAAAAUAAAUAAUGCAGUUGUCUUUUAGUGCCUUGAUGAAAAAUACAGCAAAUAUUUAUUGAAAUUUAUAAUAAAAAUAAUAAUAAUUAUAGAAGCUUGAAAAAAUGUUCUUGUGAUUUGUACUACUCUUUAUAUUAUUAAUAUUUCAUAAUGACUGUUGUUAGAUUGAAUAUAAUAAUUUUAUAUUGUCCACAAAUCAAUUGGUCAUAUUUGGUUCCCACUUUCAUUUGGGAAUUUUUUUUAUAUUACAAUAAUAAAUCUUUUAACAAAUUUCCAAUUAUUAUUAUUAUUAUUUUAGUUUUACAUACAAAAUUUAAUUUUCUAUUUAUUUUAAAAUUUGAUGUUCGACAUAAUUCUUUUUCUGUACUAAUAUUUACAUGACAAUCAGUGUCAAUAAAAAUGAAAAAUAGUCAAAAAAGAACUCUUUUUAUUAUGUAUUGUAAAUAUGUAUUUCUGUACAUAGUAUAUACCUACUGAUGCCUUUGUAGCAACGAGGAAAAAUUCGGGCAAAUUGUCCUGUUAUUUAUAAAAAUACAAAUAUUAA